AUGAAUUCUGAACUCUUUGAAAUGUUUUGCGCCUCCCAACUCCCAAUCCAGUCGUUCGCCUCUGGAAUCUCCGACGACAAAAUGGUCCACGAUAACACCAGCACCAGCAGCACCGCAACCGCCACUACCACCGCCACUGCGAGCUCCAGCAACAGCCAGCCAAAGCGUCGCACCAAUGUCCCCAAGUGCAUCGACAAGACCAAGAUCCUCUUGCCCAUUGACUUUGAGCCCAGCGAACACAGCAUUAUCUGCGGCAACAAGCGCAAGUACUUCAACAGUCCAGGAAACAUGAAGCUCCGUGUCCUCGUCAAGUCGUUUAUUCCCCAGUACAGCAAGGCCGACGGCAAGCUGGAAAAGGGUUACAUUGUCAGCAAAGUCAUGAACAUGAUCCGCGACGCCUGCCCCGUUGGAGCAUUCAUUGCCAUGGAAAAGGGACGAUGGUGGCAAGUCUCCGAACGCACUUCCCGAGAAAAGGUCGGCAGCUACUUCCGCGACUGCCUCAGCAACAAGUAUGCCAGUUCUGCCAAGAACAAAAUCGCCAGGCGCAAGACCAAGCGCGAAGAAACCAAGAAGCAACCCAUGGAAGCUACCACCAUGCCAGAACCAGUCGCCAGCCUUCCUCCUAUCCAGUUUACCGGACUUCAAGCCCUCCAAAUGUCCGGAAAUCUUUCCAACUUUCCUCUGGCCACUUCUUCCGCCAUCAGCAGUCUUCCUCGUAUCCAGCAGUUGGCCAGUCUCCCCAACUUCAUGACUCAACAGCUGCAACAACAAAAUCAUUUCCAAUUCCCAUCAAUGCAACAGAUCACCCAACAACAACAACAACAGUUGAACUUUGUCAUUGAUGAAGAGGAUUCCAGUAUCAGUUCUGGAAGCGCAUCGUUCUAUGAUGUCGACGACCUCGCCCCAGUUCCUCUUUUGGAGCUGUAA